AUGGGCAGAAAUGAUGAAUGCACAUCUCCUCUGCCUGGUGAAUGGAUGAAGGGCAAAUUGGUUGGAUCAGGUUCUUUUGGAAGUGUCCAUUUGGCCAUGAGCAAAUCCACAGGAGGACUUUUCGUUGUGAAAUCCUCGCAGUCUUGUGAUGGAGCCCUCGCUCUUGAGAAUGAGGCUAAGAUUCUCGAGAGUUUGAAUUCCCCAUAUGUUGUUCGAUGUAUAGGGAUCGAAAAUGGUAGAGGGAAAUUGUGCAAUGUUUUCAUGGAGUACAUGGCAGGGGGUAGUUUGUCAGAUGUGGCUCAGAUAUUUGGUGGGGCUUUCGAUGAAGACAUGGUUCGCUUGUACUCGAGAGAGAUUCUUCAUGGUCUCAAGUAUCUUCACGAAAAUGGGAUUAUGCAUUGUGAUCUCAAGUGCAAGAAUGUGCUCUUGAGCUCUUCCGGGAAUGUGAAGCUGGCAGACUUUGGUUGCGCUAGGAGGCUCAAGGACUCGACCACCACUACUGGUGGAACUCCAUUAUGGAUGGCUCCCGAAGUUUUGAGGAAUGAAGGGCUGGAUUUUCCUUGUGACAUUUGGUCAUUGGGAUGCACCGUGAUUGAAAUGGCCACCGGAAGGCCUCCUUGGGCCGCUGAGAUUUCUGAUCCGGUAGCUGCUGUUCUGAAGAUUGCUUGCAGCAGCGAGAGGCCUCAGUUUCCGAGACAGUUUUCAAAUGAGGGGUCGGAUUUCUUAGCGAAAUGCUUGGAGAGAGACCCGAAAAGGAGGUGGUCUGCUGAGCAACUACUUAACCAUCCUUUUGUCUCUGGAAAUCCAAUGAGAGUUUCAAGAAAGGGCGAGACAUGCUCACCGGCAAGUACUUUGGAUGACAUUGGAAUGUACAAUUUUGAUUGUGGAAUUGAGAGCUGUGAGGGCAAUGAGUUCGCCUUCAGAAAUCCUUUCUCGAGGUGUUGUGACGAAAUAAACAGAAAUACAGUAAAGCCUGAGUGUCACCUUGAGUCAUCUGAAAAUUGGAUCACUGUUAGAUAG